GGGCUAGUCUACUUUUCAAUAUAUUUGAUAAUUUAUUGCAAUGUCUCCGUCUGUAUCGCACAUAAUCGAGAAAGUAAACUGAUUUAUGACGUAAUUUACGUAAUCAAAACGUAUCGCUCGGAAACCUAGACCAGAGCCACUAGUUUAGGUCUACAUCGCCAUGCCAUAGACCAUCAAACUACUUAUGAAUUGAUUCGUCGUGAGAGAGUUCAACAGAAUAGCAACACAUUGACAUAGUCCUCUCUUCCUGGGUGAUCCGGUGGAGACCUACCACCUAACCCCCUGCGGAAAGUUCAGAGGUCGAGAUGCCCGUGUACCGAGCACUGCUCGGCGCUGGCAUCCUGGGUGAGGAUGGCGAUGAUGAAGAUGACACAGAGCAGGAACUCCUGUCCUUCUUGCCUGACCUGGAUGAAAGGCGGUGUCGCGGUGAGCAGAUCAACAAGAUCAGAGACUUCCUGAACUCAGCUGUGGAGAGGGAGACAGACCUCACGGUACUACUGGACUGGCUCACUGAAGCACAGGUGUCACUACAGACGUUUGAGAACGAGAGAGCUCCAAAGAAAGAGGGGAACGAGGAGCAACAGGAGGAGGAGGUUACAUCAGAAUGGAUCGAAGACAUACAGAGAAAGUUGGAGACGUCUAUCAAUGAUACGGACGGCUGUAUCCACCGCCUACGUGGCCUCUGCCAAGGCCUCUUUGAUACCGACGUGAAAAAAAAGACCAAGAAGGAGGAAGCUGCUCUGAAUAAGGGUGUGUGGCACUGGUGGAGGGAGCAGAAGGUGGAUGCACGGACCAUCAAACGAAUCCAGGAGCUCCAGCCCCCUGCUGCAGACGUAUUUCUAGAGGACGUCAACCUGGCCACCAAGUCUGCCACGGAGCUUUCCUUCAUGCUCUUAGACGUAGCCAAGUCACUAGGCUGCAACAAGGCAAUGAAUCUGGCCUUUAAGUUCGUAACGGUAGGGCUGCAGAACCUUAACCAAGCAUUCCAGGAGCGUACCAUGGAAGCCAGGAAGCUUCUGGCACAGGUGGAGGAGCUGCAGUCUAUGGACUGUCGCUUCGAGCUGGCCCAGAUAAAGAUCCAAGUGGGAGACAGUCAUAUCAAGAUGACCAAGAUGGAGGAUGAGCUUUCGUCAGUCAAGGAGCAGAACGAUAUUCUACUGUUCCAGAUCCAACAGAUGCAGGAGAUCCCGAAACAUCCAUUGCCGAAACAGCAGGUAGUGGUCGUUGCUCCCUCAAAAAACGUACAGGGAGCACCAGUUCUCAACAAUCAGCUGGUUCCGCAACCAACCCCCAAGGUUAAGUACCCCAAACGGAGGCCGAAACCAAAGCCGGAGCCAGGCCAGCCUGUUGGCGAAGAAGUGGAAGAAGUGGAGUCUCUGGAAGACAUCUCAGUGGAUCCAGAAGACAUCAUCGAGCAGGUGGAGAGGAAGAGCAUGGAUCUUCUGGAGGCCAUCCAGAAGUCUGAGCAAUGUGUGGUGUCAAUUUCUGAUGACAAGGACAAGGGGAAAGAGGGUGAGCUGCUAGAAGGGAUGGAUGCCGCCAGCAGAAAAGCCAAGGCAGCUGAUAUCAUCAAGCUGUACUGCGAUCUACAGAGGUCCAUCAGAGACUCUUUUAACGACAUGAUCACGCAGCUACAGGGGAAGUUUGACGAUGACAUCAUAGACGUGCCGCUCAUGGACAACGACAACAAACUGGACGAAUCAGCGUUCUGGGACUCAACCCAGAAAACCCCAGGAGACAUGCUGAAGGAGAUCAGCAAUGAGAUACAGAACCAGGACCGCACGGUGAAGGAUGUGGGAGCCAACAUACAAGCGCUCUUUGACUUGGAAGGUAAGAAGACUUUGUCAAACCUCAAGGGAAAGAGUCGUCGCCACUCCCUGAACAUCAUCAUGGACCAGUUCAAGAACCUCAACGAGAUGGGCAAGAAGCAGGUUUGCAAAUUGCGUCUGACCCUGGAGAACCUGGUGGAGAUGCAUAGGAAGGUGAACCAGGGGAAGCCUGAGACCAGAGGUCCAGAGGAAACACAACGCCCCCAUCAGGUCCACCUCCCCAUUCUCUCCCCCGAGGAAUCAGAGGAGGAGCUGGAGGAGGUUGAGGUGGUAGAGAAGCAGAGGAGAACCAGGAGACGUUCCAUCCUCGUGCAGAAGACCCAGAAACGAAUCCCCGUGAAGAUGGCCGAGUCCAGGUCGUGGACAGACCAUGUGGAACGCUACAGCUCAGACAUGACGUUGGAGGUGGACAAGUUGAUGAAGACUCGCAUGGUGGGAGUGAACCACAUCUUCCACGUGGAAUCCCAGAGGUGCAACUUGAAGCUGCUCCACCAGGCUGUGGUGAACAGGCAUAUCUCCCCACAGCUCUACCGCAUGGUGAAGGACAUAAUCAUCCAGACACUUAGCAGUGUGGAGAACAGACUAUUCUGUCUUAUCAGGAGGUUCAUAAGGCACAAGGCUCUGCAACACGUCAGAAACAAUCUGAAUGCUAGACUGCUCUUGGCGCGUGACAUGAACGAUGGACAGGCGGCCAAGGACUUGUACAAGUCCCUACAAAGACUGGACGUGCACCAAUCUACUAUGACGAGGCAGUGGUCUGAGAAGCAAACUUCCAUUGAAAUGACACGGACCAGAUGCCUGGCACACAUGCUCUACCUCUUCAGUCAGCUGAGAGUGGACUACAACUUGCAUCUGGCCGCUCCGGUUCCAUGCAACACCAGCCAGGAGCUGCCCCAUCCCAUCAUGACGGUGGUGCCUACCAAACUACAGUGGUCUCUGAGGCCCAGUCCCAGCUCCAAUCUUCCAUCAUCACUGUCACUGGCACGUCUAGCCCCAUCUUCACUCCAAACCCCCCCAUCCACACACCUAUACCCACCUACACACCUCGCUUCGCCUGCACACGCACACCCGUCGUCAUUGGUACACCAUCCCCCAUCUUCCCUGGUACACUUAUCUCCACCUUUACCUGAGACAUACCCAUGGAGCAGUGUUCACAGCGAUAAAGAACAAGACAAGAUGAAGACGCUGUGGCAGGCAGACAAGACUCUGCGCUGCAUGUGGCUGGCCAGGAAGAUCCCAGCAGGGCCCUCUAACAUCCGUUGUAUCCCACGCCUGCUGGAGAUGGACGUCAACCGAGGAAGAGUCAACGCAAUGCGCACCUUGCACGCUAGGAUGACCGGAGUGCUGAAUCAGAUACUUCUGGAUGGAGCAGAUGAGGACAGUGAUGUGGAGUCGACGUUUCACCCGUCAAAUCAAUAAAUCACCGUAUCACCACUAUA